AAUGGCGCGGUUCCAACAGCACACAGCAAUGUAGUCUUUUGAAGUCCGCUUCUAUUCCUUCAUGUUUUACCUUCGUACGUGUUCGUCUGUCGUGGGAAAAAGUCCACUUUAUGAGGUGUUCGUGUCAGGAUGAAGUCAACUAGUCUCGCUCACCUUCGAAGUGUCUUUUCUCCUGCUGGCGUUGCUAGUUAGCCUAGCCGAGCUUGCUAGCGGCUAACUAAGAGAGGCGGAAGUGAUCGACACGUCGCUAAGAAGAGAUCACGUGUCUCAUCUUUGUCCAUGUGAGGUCACAUGACACAACAAUGGAGCUGUUUGGCCACAAUACCCAGCAAUAUGUUUGACAUCAGCGAAGCACUUCCUGAACAACCGGAGAGGAGCUUUGGGAUGCAGGAGCAGGAGCCGCAGCCCCCCCGCGUUGGAAAGGAAGACAGGGCGCCACAGACCCCUUACAUGAAAAAGGAAGAGGAGGUGCCACAGGUCAUGCACUUUGAAAAAGAAGAAGACAACCUGCUGACCCCGCGUGUCAAAGAGGAAGAGGAGGCACCACAGACCCCGCACCUUAAAAAGGAAGAGGAUGCGUGGACCCCUCACAUUAAGGAGGAAGAGGAGGAGCACAGCAUCAGUCAUGAAUGGUUGGAGGAGGUCCCAGUGACUGUGAAGAGUGAACAUGAUGAGGUCAAAGGUGAGAGAGAGGCGGAGCCUCCAACAGAAGGUGAGAGAGACCACUGCAGAGCACCACCAGCGGACAACAUCUUAGCUCCAUCAGAUAGUGACGAGACGACGUCUCACUCUUCUGACUCUGACGAUGACGACGCGCGCUUUAAAUGUUCUCACUGUGACAAAACCUUCAAACACCGCUGCACUCUGAAAGUGCACGUCAGAACGCACACCGGGGAAAAACCCUUUCCCUGCGCAGAGUGCGGCAAAGGCUUCGCGCGAAGAAACGUGCUGAAAGUGCACAUGAGGACGCACACGGGAGAAAAACCCUGUUCCUGUUCAAUCUGCGGCAAGUAUUUCAGUCAGAGGCAACAUUUGAAAAUACACAUGAGAAUACACACUGCAGAAAAACCAUUCGUGUGCUCGGUUUGCGGCAAAAUAUUCUCUGUAAAGGCUAAUUUGAUAAUGCACACAAGGACACACACUGGAGAAAAACCUUUCAUCUGUUCAGAAUGUGGGAAAGGUUUUACACAAAAUCACAGUUUGAAAGCACACGUGAGAACACACACUGGCGAGAAACCGUUUAUCUGUUCAGUGUGCGGUGAAGGUUUCGCACAAAGUCUCUGUUUGAAAGCACACACGAGAAUACACACCGGAGAGAAACCUUUUUCAUGUUCAGUCUGCGGUAGAGGUUUUUUGCAACGUGGCGAGUUGAAAGUGCACAUGAGAACACACGUCAUAGAAAAAACAUUCUCCUGCCCAAUUUGUAGUAAAAUAUUCCCCCAGAAGGCAAAUUUGCAAAUACACACAAGAAUACACACCGGUGAGAAACCGUUUAUCUGUACAGUCUGCGCCAAAGGUUUUAUACAGAGUCACCAUUUGAAAAGACACAUGAGAAGACACACCGGGGAGAAAGUGUUGAGUUGCAGUGUGUGUGGCGAAGGAUUCUCUUACAAGUACCAGUGUAAGAAACACAAGUGUGCUGGCGAGGACAAGCAGCAGCAAAUCAAGCGGAAGACUUUGAAAUAAGCUGUCAAAACGUUGACUUUCUGACAUCAGCACAUACAAAAGCGGUGAAGUUGUCACCUUGUGUAAAUGGCAAAUAAAAAGAGAAUACAACAAAUCUAGGGAUGUCCGAUAAUGGCUUUUUGCCAAUAUCCGAUAUUCUGAUAUUGUCCAACUCUUUAAUUACCGAUACCGAUAUCAACCGAUAUAUGCAGUUGUGGAAUUAACACAUUAUUAUGCCUAAUUUGGACAACCAGGUAUGGUGAAGAUAAGGUACUUUUUUUUUUUAAAUUAGUAAAAUAAGAUAAAUAAAUUAAAAACAUUUUCUUGAAUAAAAAAGAAAGUAAAACAAUAUAAAAACAGUUACAUAGAAACUAGUAAUUAAUGAAAAUUAGUAAAAUGAAGUGUUAAAGGUUAGUACUAUUAGUGGAGCAGCAGCACGCACAAUCAUGUGUGCUUACGGACUGUAUCCCUUGCAGACUGUAUUGAUAUAUAUUGAUAUAUAAUGUAGGAAGCAGAAUAUUAAUAACAGAAAGAAACAACCCUUUUGUGUGAAUGAGUGUAAAUGGGGGAGGGAGGUUUUUUGGCUUGGUGCACUAAUUGUAAGUGUAUCUUGUGUUUUUUAUGUGGAUUUAAUUAAAAAAAACAAACAAAAAAAAAAAACGAUACCGAUAAUAAAAAAACCGAUACCGAUAAUUUCCGAUAUUACAUUUUAACGCAUAUAUCGGCGUUACAUCUCUAAACAAAUCCUUUUCAACUAAUAUUCAAUUCCAAAGUCCAUCUUAGAUGAGCUCGGGCCCAGCGAAGCGUUUCUGGGUGUUGUUGAUAAAUGCCUUCGGCUUUGCAUAGGAGAGUUUUAACUUGCACUUACAGAUGUAGCGACCAACUGUCGUUACUGACAGUGGUUUUCUGAAGUGUUCCUGAGCCCAUGUGGUGAUAUCCUUUACACACUGAUGUGGCUUUUUGACGCAGUAGCGCCUGAGGGAUCCAAGGUGUGUAAUAUCGUGGCUUACCUGCAGUGAUUUCUCCACAUUCUCUCAACCUUUUGAUGAUAUUACGGAGCGUAGAUAGUGAAAUCCCUAAAUUCCUUGUUGAGAAAUGUUGUUCUUCAACAAUUUGCUCAGGCCUUUGUUGACAAAGUGGUGACCCUCACCCCGUCCUGGAAGCUGCCUUUUAUACCCAAUCAUGGCACCCACCUGUUCCCAAUUAGCCCGUUCACCUGUGGGAUGUUCCAAAUAAGUCUUUGAUUAAGCAUUCCUCAACGUUCUCACUCUUUUUUGCCACUUGUGCCAGCUUUUUUGAAACAUGUUGCAGGCAUCAAAUUCCAAAUGAGCUAAUAUUUGCCAAAAAAUAAUAAAGUCUGUCAGUGUGAACAUGAAAUAUCUUGUCUUUGCAGUCUAUUCAAUUGAAUAUAAGUUGAAAAGGAUUUGUUGUAUUCUCUUUUUAUUUACCAUUUACACAACAUGACAACUUCACUGCUUGUGUAGUUUGUAUAGCGUGUGUGACAUUGUUGUGUGUGUGUAACACCAUCUUGUUAUUUUGCUUGUACUAUUUAUAGAUUAAAUACUUUAGUGGGGUUUUUUUGCAGUCAAGUGCAUGCAUUAUUUUUGCAACAUUGUGUCCAUUUAUUUAGAAGUAACAGAAGAAUGUGACUGUGGAGAGUAAACGGUACAAAACAUGUGUUGCAACAAAUACAAUUUAUAUGUGUAAAGAUAUUCAUAAAUCCAUUUUAUACUUGAUCACAAUAGUGUUUUAUAGAGGUUUUUGAAAUAAUAAAGUGUUAAAAAUGUUAGUUUUUUUCAUUGUAAAUGAUUCCGUAGUCCAGGGGUCACCAACGCGGUGCCCGCGGGCACCAGGUAGCCCGUAAGGACCAGAUGAGUAGCCCGCUGGCCUGUUCUAAAAAUAGCUCAAAGAGCAGCACUUACCAGUGAGCUGCAUCUAUUUUUUAAAUUGUAUUUAUUUACUAGCAAGCUGGUCUCGCUUUGCCCGACAUUUUUAAUUCUAAGAGAGACAAAACUCAAAUAGAAUUUGAAAAUCCAAGAAAAUAUUUUAAAGACUUGGUCUUCACUUGUUUAAAUAAAUUCAUUAACUUGUUUUACUUUGCUUCUUAUAACUUUCAGACAGACAAUUUUAGAGAAAAAAUACAACCUUAAAAAUGAUUUUAGGAUUUUUAAGCACAUAUACCUUUUUACCUUUUAAAUUCCUUCCUCUUCUUUCCUGA